UUCAGCGCAGCAAAACUGAGGGCAAGUUGUAACAGUCGCCGUCCGUCGACUGUUUCUAAUUCUUCUUCUGCUCCUAAAUUCGCCGCAGUGGAGAAGAGCAAAUGCUCAUCAAGAGUAUUAGGAACUAGGCAUGCCUCCCUGUGUAUGCCGCCUAAUGCUCACCUUGGUAUCGGAAAACCACUUGGACGCGUCGGUGGGAAGUUGUACCCGAAACACCUUCUUAAGUCCUCGACUGAUCCUUAUACUUCGUCCAGUCGCCUCGACCCGAUGGUGACGGCACUUAAUAGCUUCUUGAUCUGGCUCCUUUACGCAUACAUCGUAGUGUUCAUUAAUCCAUGGACUAUCCGGAAAAAGGCCUUGGUCUUGACACUUUCUGCAGGUCUGGAGUACUUUUUUGCACGAAUGAUGGCAGAUGCAAGUGUUGUUAAUCUUCAGCUUUGUUUCUCGGGCAAGGGGGGAGAGUUAGGAUUCCAUCUUAAUCAAAUUGCUGAAAAUGCAGAUACUUCUACCCCUACGGGUUUGAGCUAUGUUUUGAACGAAACGACUGUAGCUUUGCUUCGGCAUCUUGAUGAUUACAAGUCGGGUUCCGUAUCUGUGCUUUCAACUUUCGGAACGAACGAAGCAAACCUUCGUUUUGAUCAAUUAUCUAUCGAUGAAAGGAUUAACAACACAGAAACACUCGUUAAUGUGAACAACGUGAAAUUUCACAGCCCAAAAACCCAAAACUCAGCUAAUGAUCAUGAGUACAAUGAUGAUAUAAUGGUUGCAAUAUUUGUGGGUGUUCACUUUUGGCUUAAGUUGCCUGCCAUCCAUGAUAAAUAUGACCUGCAGGUUCUGUUGCAAAAACUCAGAUCUGUUGGUACCUCCAACUGCAUAAGAGCAGUUGAGGUGUUAUGGACUCCUCAGAUAUCUUCAUGUUUGGCCACAGCAAUGUGAAAAAUUUCUGGGUAAUGAAGAUGAGGGUUCCAUGCUGCAAAAUAUAUUUAGUUUUAAGAGGGAAUUUUAUUUUUCAAUGCAUCAUAGAUGCAGAUAUAAGCAUG